AUGGGUUUCUUCCCGAAGAAGUCCACGGCUGCAGAGCCGGAGAUUGCGGCCGCGGCGCUGGAGCCCGGUGGUGUUGAUGAAAAGGGCAUCGCUACCGAACGAUCGAGCGAGGAGGACUUUGGCACCGCCAAGCAGGCUGGUGUAAGAAAGAUCGAGGCUGCGGCCGAGGUCUGGACCAAAUGGGAUCUCGUCACCGCCUAUGGCUUAAUCUGGCUCUACUACUUUGCCACUGCCACAGCCGAAGUCGUCACACGAACACUUAAUCCCUUUGUGACCAGCUCCUUCGGCAAGCACUCUACUAGUGCUGCCGUCAAUAUCCUUUCUUCCAUCAUCGGCGGUCUGACCAAACUACCGCUGGCCAAGAUCCUGGAUACUUGGGGAAGACCUCAGGGUCUGGCGCUGAUGCUCCUGAUCUGGUGUCUGGGAUACAUCAUGACCGCCUGUGCCAGGACCAUCGAGACGUACGCUGCGGCUCUCGUAUUUUCCGCGGUUGGAUCUCAAGGUGUUAGCUACUGCGUCACAGUCUUCAUCGCCGAUACUUCGUCGCUAAAAAACCGAGCUCUGAUGUUGGCCUUUGCCACAUCUCCAUACAUCAUCACCACGCCCAUCAGCGGAUUCAUCGGCAAACGCAUUUACAAAGACGCUGGAUGGCGUUGGGGAUUUGGUCUUUGGGCUAUCGUUAUGCCUAUCAUUGUGCUCCCGCUGUGCUUCGUUUUUCUUUGGAAUCAGCGCAAGGCCAGGAGGCAGGGCGUGUUGGAACCAAGCAACACCAAAAUUACCGCGCGCUCCGUCUACAACUAUCUCGUUGAGAUCGAUAUUGUUGGUCUUCUGCUUCUUGCUGGCGGAUGGGCCUUGUUUCUCUUGCCAUUCUCCCUCUACUCUUACCAGCCGCAGCAGUGGCGCGCACCGAUCAUCAUCUGCUUCCUCAUCUUCGGCGCGCUUCUUCUCAUCGGCUUCAUUAUCUGGGAGAAGUUUUUCGCUCCAGUCACUUUUAUUCCGUACAAGCUUCUCAUGGACCGCACAGUCUUCUUUGGAGGUCUGAUGUUUACCUUUGUCUUCGCCAACUCAGCCAUCUGGGGCAGCUACUUCACCUCGAUGCUUUUGGUUGUGUGGGACAUGGGCUUUGAUCAGACGACGUGGAUCAACAAUAUUUACCGAAUCGGCUCCUGCUUCGCGUCUAUUAUCCUCGGUGUUCUCAUGCGCUUCACAGGACGCUUCAAGUGGGUUGCCACCAUAUACGGCAUCCCUCUGAUGCUUCUUGGGGUUGGCCUGAUGCUCAAGUUCCGUCAGGCUAACGAGAAGAUUGGAUACGUUAUCAUGACCCAGAUCUUUGUUGCUUUCGCAGGUGGUCCCAUCGUUGUUGCCGGCGAAAUGGCGAUGAUGGCUCCCUCGGAUCAUCAGCAUGUUGCUGUUGUCAUCGCCAUUCUCGACCUCUUUGCUAGUAUUGGCUCUGCCAUUGGCUCUACUAUCUCUGGCGCCAUUUGGACCGGCACUUUCAAGAAUGAGCUGGCAAAGCGUCUACCAUCCGAUGCCCCUAUUGACUCCAUUUAUGGGAGAAUCGAGGUGCAGCUUGGAUACGAGGAGGGCACAGCUAUCCGGGCUGGUAUCGCAGACGCUUACUCUGCCUCGCAGCGAUACAUGCUGGCUACCAGUGUCUGCUUCCUGGCUGUUGCUUGGGGUUGUGUCUGGAUGUGGAGAGAUAUCAACAUCCACAAAAAGAAGCAAGUUAAAGGAAACGUGGUUUAA